AUGAAUCGUCAACAUCGUAAUUUAGCUAGAACUUUACAAACUUUUGUAUUUCAUUGGAUUCUUGUUAGUUUUGUUCUUUCAUCUCUAUAUAACUUUACUGUUUAUGGUCUGCAAAAAUCACAAUGUUCGAGUAGCAGAAAUGAUAUGUCUGAUUAUCAGCACAUAUUUUCUUAUGAUGAUCCAUUCUUAACUAAAGGAGAUGAACCUUUUACAACUGAACCUUUUACAACUGAACCUUUUACAACUGAAGUAGUCGAUGAUUCAAUUCAUAUAAAUAUAAUUGAUAAAAACUUGUUAUCUACCUUACAAACAUUUUUAAGAUCUGAAAAUUUGUAUGACGUGAAUCCAAAGAUAUCCGCUGAUGAAUUAUUUUUGAUCCUUCCGCAAUUAAAAAAUUAUGUUGAACAAGAUUUCUAUCAAAUUCAUUCUCCGUUAAAAAGACUUGUCGAUUGGUUGGAAAAAGGAUUUGAUUCGAGAUUUUACCAAUUAAAUAAUAUGAUUGACAAUCAUGAAAUUUCAUUUAAAUAUUUGUGGUAUUUGUUUCCAAGCGGAUCUCAAGUAUAUGCACAAUUAAAUGGAAAAGUAUGUGGUUUACGAGUUAAAAAAAGUAAAUAUGAGACUUCUUAUGGCACACAACAAUUUGUUAUUACUGACGGUCAUGAAUUUGUGUAUAGUGAUAAAACUUGGUAUAUUAGUCAUUUUGUUGGUGUAUUAAAUAUUACUAAACUUCCAGUAGUUCCUUUACAAAAAGAAUGUGCAAUACGUGAUGAAUUAGUAAAACGUGGUAAAAAAUUCGAAAUGUAUGCCAAUGGUCAUCAUUAUCUUCAAUAUUCUGGAAAUUUUUUUCACCAGUUUUGGUUUAGAAAUACUUAUUACAGAGGUGAUGGACGUAUAAUGGUUGAUGCUUCAACUUUUGGCAAAAUCAAACCAAAUUAUGAUAUGGGUCUUUCAAAUUUCAAUCUUGAAAAUUUUGGAUAUAAUUUUAAAUACAAUUCUCAGCCUAAGCCAUUUAAUAUGAGUGAAAACUCUUCAAAAAGAAAAGUUAAAGAGGAAGAGCUUUACAUGUGUUCUCCUACAUUUUUUGGCUUCAGCUUUACUGCUAAAUUAUGGGGUCAAUUUUAUGUUGAUCAAGUGGAUGAAAUUAAAUUUGAUGAUGAUGCGUUUGAUAAUUUAAUAAUGGAUACUAAUAAGAAAGAUAUUAUUAUGAGUUUGGUAAAAUCCGAACUUUCUGGAGGAUUGGAUUUCAUCAGUGGUAAAGGUGGAGGCUGCAUUUUCUUAUUACAUGGACCUCCUGGGGUCGGUAAAACAUUAACUGCUGAAGCUAUUUCUGAAUACCUGCACCGUCCAUUAUAUGCAGUCAGUGUUGGCGAAUUAGGUGUAACUCCUAAAGAAUUAGAAAAGAAAUUAAAUGAAAUUCUUGAAGUUGGAAGAGUUUGGAAUGCUAUCAUUCUCAUUGACGAAGUUGAUAUUUUCUUGGAGCAAAGAAGUAAAAAUGAUGUAAACCGUAAUGCUUUGAGGAUUAGUUUAAUCUUAAAAUAUUACGACCUUGACGAAUCAGCACGUGCCCAAAUUUGGCGUGCUUUCUUGGAUCGUGCCGAUGGUAAAGAUAAAAGUCAAGUUGAUAUCGAUAAAUUAAAACAACUACAAUUUAAUGGUAGGGAAAUCAAAUCUGCCGUUCGACUAGCAAAGGCUCUCGCUACAAUAUCAGAUCCUGACGCCAUUAUCACUGCGCAGCAUUUAGAAAAAAUCUUGAAUAUUUUCGCAGAGAAUCUUGAUUAA